AUGAACUUGAAACGUGCCAGAAGUGCUGCCUCUGAAAAUUUAGGAGAUGAAAAUGAGAGUUCUGUGUGGCUGGACAGACCAAAUUCCCUCAGACGAAACAAGGACAUUGAGAGUACAAUAUGUCUGAACUGUAUGUCUAAGAAAGAAAAUUCAGAUGAUGGUGAUGAGCAGAAUGAAUUUGCUUGUAUUGUUGAGGAUUUUGAUGAUGACUACCUGGAAGAUUUCCUUGACUUCGAUGUCAUAUUUUCUUCCCAAAAUAAGCCCAAACUUUCCAAAUCACAAAAAGAGACCAGGAAAAAGUUUAAGAAAAAACAUCACAAAAAGAUCACAGCAGCAGAAUUUAGUAUUGUGAAAGAAAACGAAAUAAAGCCUCGAUCACGAAAGAAACGCUCUAAAGCAAAGAGACAGGUACAGUUUUCUGAGGAUUCUCCAGAGAUAAUGGGCAUUGACAAUGUCAGAUUUAAUGACGUCACUGGUGACAUGUACAAUGACAUGGAUCUUAAAUCUGAUAUUUCUGGGUUUGGUGAUACCUGUAAUCUUGGGGGCCAGUUAGCUCUCGGUGGUGUCAAUAAUAAUAAUGUUGCUGAUAGAAACAUGAAUGCUGAUGAAGAAGAUGAUGUGUCUGAAACUUCAUACAUUCCUGAAAGUGCUAUCCUUCACCAGCAGCAGACUGCUGUGUUGAAGAAGAUAUUUGAACGGAAGCAGAAGAAGAAACAGACUGUGGACAAAGAAAGAGUGAGUCUGCCUGUUGCAACAUAUGAGAAAUAUCAGCUAGGUCCACCAUUCGAUGGCUCAUAUGCUGUGGAGAAGGAUCCUGAAAAUCCCUUCUGCUGCUUGCGCCACGCUAAUGAGAUUCUAGCAUUUUGUUGUGAAAAUGCCCGUUGUCGUGCCUUUUGUGACAUACAUAAAAUGGUGGGAGCAUCAUCAUUUGAAGUUCUGAGAAAGCUUCUGAAAGAUAUACUUUACUUUGCUUUGAAUAGUGGAUCAGUAAUAAGCAGCCAGAAACUCUUGAAAAGAAAGAAAAUGAUGUAUAGCUUAUAUGAAUUUAUGCAGCGAAAGGCAGAUUUGUAUGAGGAUGAAAAGUUCAAAACCAGUUCAUAUGUUGAAUAUGAUGGCACAUAUUGCAAUCAGCUGUUAACUUCAAUACUGACACUUGUAGAAUUCAUUCUGGACAUCACAGUCAAUAUUAGGAAAGAUGGGAGGGCACAGUACAUCAAGAAAAAAGAGCGUUUGUAUGGCCGAAUUGAGCAACAAUCACCAAGAUGUUUAUUCUGUGCCAAGUUCCUGCGGCCCGGUGUUUCAACUAACGACAAAGGAUGUUAUGACUUAGAGAGACUGGUGAGGUUCUUUAAGACUGAAUCAGUAGCUGUUGCACAAAAAGAAAUAAACAUAGAAAUGACCUACAAGUAUACUGUGCAAAGAUUCUGCGCCACCAUAGUAAGCAAUGCCAUGAAAGAAGUUAGUGUGGAAUUGGAUGAUCCGCCAUUGGUGUUAGCCUGCAAAGUGAGCAGGGCAAUGAUUUGCAAACAGCUCGAUAAGAUGCUGCCAAAGAUCACAAGCUUCAAAGAUAUGACAGCUGAUGAGCUGAGACGAGUGGGAUCGAGAAGGGAGAGAAUUCAAGCUCGAAAUGACCCUACAGCUGGAGGAAAUAAGAUUGAAACUGCAGCAGACAAAAGAAGGAAAAAUAUUAUUUCUAGUUUGCAGGAUCAGUUAGGAACAAAAUGGAGGGCUGGAUUAAAAGAGAACGAACUUGAUUAUUGUUCAAAGCUCUUGGCCCAGAUUCUGGUACAUGAAAAAAUCAUGGGCUUUUCUGUGUACAAUGGCUUUCUCCUGAAAGAACACGAGGAAAUCCUGGCUAGUAACCGCCUUCGUUUAAUUGAGAUUGAGAGAAAAGCUCAGGGAAUUAUAAAGAAAAUUGUUCGGCUCAUUGUUGUGCCCGGCCUGAGGAUAGCACUGAAAGAUAGCGAUGAUGUGGAUGUGCUGUUCUGCAGCCCAGAUGUGGAAGUGAGCUAUCUGCAAGAAUCCAUUAGUGUUAUGCAGUUCAAUUCUGAAGUGACUUUUCUCAAGACCUGCUGUUACUACAUUGAUGACAUAGUAAAUGCAAAGAUUGAAGAAUUCCGGUACUUUGCAGCGUACUUGAAAUCCUUUGAUCCCUCUGUUAACCUUCAGGACAAACUCAAAGCAAGCAUGUUUGCAAGUCAUUACAAACAUGAAGACAAGAUUGAAAUACAAACUAUGAACAAUAAUUCAUCAUUGAUUGCAGCCCCAGUUCUCCGUUGGGGAUUUAGUGCAAUUAAAGGUUUAACACUGCCAAAAGAACUUAAAAUGUUUCCAUAUUGUGAUAAACAUUUCAAAGAAAAGUAUCAAGCCGCAGCAGGCUCCCUUUCUGAAGAGUCACCAAAGAUGAAAAUUGCCAGAAAAUUGGUGAGGGCCAGACUAAAAGUGAAGAGCUACCUCGAUGGGCAGAAGACCAAGAAGAACAAAGAACUACGUUUACACCUGGCACAUGUUCAGGCUCAGAUGACUGAACAGAUUGCCUUGCUCGCUCAGACUGUGACAAGUGCAUUCUCACUUGAAGACGACUACCAGCGUGAAUAUUCCAAUGAUGACCUCUUCAAUGUGGAGUUUUAUGCCACCAAGAACCUGAAGCUUCUGUUCCCCACCAAUGUUGGCCACUUCCUGCUGUUCCUACUGGUGGUUCUCACCCUUGUCAUGAUCAUGCUGACAACAGUCAAGGGAGGCAGUUUGCCUGUCAGCAGUGUCCAGGAAUGGUUCUUGAGAUUUGUUCAGUGUCUUUUGUUAUAUGGCUUUGUUUUUGAGCCCUUAAAAUGUUUGAUUUAUGUUGUUCUGCAGUUGUAUAAUGGUUAA